AUGAAGCCCUCCGCCCUACUAGCCCUAACCCUAGCGACAGGAGGCUGCGGCGUCAACGUCCCCGAAUCCUUCCUGCGGUCCAUCCGCUCUCCUCGCCCAUUCCACGCCCAGGACUCCCCCGUGCGAAACCAGACCUGCAUCGCGGAGAGCCACAACGAUGACACCACCGACGAUUCCGAUUACAUCCUCCAAGCCAUCAACGCCUGCAACCAUGGCGGCCAUGUCAUCUUCCCCCACGGCCAAACCUACCGGAUCGGCCAGGCGCUGAACCUCACGCAUCUCUCCCACGUCGAUCUGGACCUGCAAGGUGCCAUCCAGUUCUCCGACGACCUGGCCUACUGGCAAAACCACGCCUUCGACCUCGAGUUCCAGAAUAGCACCAGCUUCAUCCUGCUGGGUGGUCGCGACGUGAAUCUCUACGGCGGCGGAUCGAUCCACGGAAACGGCCAGCCCUGGUGGGAUGCCUACGCGCAGGACAAGAACAUCCGACGGCCGAUCCUUCUAGCUACGGCGGGGCUGCAUGGUGGGUCGGUUUCGGAUCUGCAGAUGCUCAGUUCGCCGUUCUGGCAUAAUAUCGUGAUGGACUCGACGGACGUCGUGUUCCACAACAUCUACAUGUACUCGGUCAGCGACAAUGAGAACUUCGAGAAGAACACCGACGGCUGGGACACGUACCGCUCGAGCCGGAUUACCAUCCAGAACUCGACAGUGAACAACGGAGACGACUGCGUCAGCUUCAAGCCCAACAGCACCGACAUCACCGUGCGCAACAUGCACUGCAACGGCACGCACGGCAUCUCCGUCGGCAGUCUGGGUCAGUACCCGUCGCGCGUCGACUACGUCGAGAACAUCCUGGUGUUCAACGUGAGCAUGUACAACUCCUCCGAGGGCGCGCGUAUCAAGGUCUGGCCCGACGCCUACUCCGAGAAAUCCACCAGCCUGGUCGGGGGCGGCGGCGGCGGCCUCGUGCGAAACGUCACCUACGACACCAUGUGGUUGGAUAAUGUCGACUACGGAUUGACCAUCACCCAGUGCUAUGGGCAGGACGACGAGGAGGAGUGUUUUAAGCAUCCGGCGAAACUCAACAUCACGGAUGUCAAGUUUCACAAUAUCCGUGGGCGAACGAACCGUGUCUUUGCACCGCUGGUGGCGCAUCUGGUCUGCUCCAGUCCGGACACGUGUUCCGGCAUCUCGGCGCAGGAUGUGGAUAUUCGGUCCAUCAACGGGUCGAACUUGGUGACGUGUCGGAAUAUCGAUCGGCAGAAGCUGGAUCUGAACUGUGUGGAUUGGAGUAAGGGGUAUAAUCCGGCUUAGAGUUGGGAGUAUGCAACGGGCGAUGGUGAUGGUGCAAUAUAUACCAACGUUGGGAUUUAUGAUAAGACGAUAGAACAGGGGCUUGGGAUGAAUGUCUACUAUAAUACUGAGAUCGAUC